AUGUCCACCCUCCCCACAAGCCCAAGUGGCAACGCCCGGGAAAUGCCCGAAACCGACCUCGACAGCAUCGGCCACCACUGCGACCUCGCCUACUGCCACCAACUCGACUUCCUACCCUUCCGCUGCGCCUCCUGCCGGGGCGUAUACUGUCUCGACCACCGCACCGAAUCCGCCCACCAGUGUGCGCGUUCCGCCGCAGCCCCAGCCGCAGCGUCAACCACCACCACCACCACCACCUCCUCCUCCUCCUCCUCCGCACCGCAAACCAAACCGACCAUCCACAACACCGAACAAUGCAGCCACCUCACCUGCAAAACCCUCAUCCACACCCUCACCGAACCAGGCGUCCGGUGUCCCGAGUGCAGGCGGGAGUACUGUCUCAAGCACCGGUUGAAGGAGGGACAUGCUUGUUCCCCGUUACCCUCACGGGGGGGUGGGGGUGGGGGUGGUAAGGCAGGCGCAGGCGCCGACACGUUGAAGGCGAUGUUCGCGCGGGUGCGAGGGACGGGGAAGGGCCCAGGGGAUCCAGCUGCCACCACCAAGAAGAAGAAGCCCGUCAGCCGCGCGAUGGCGGUGAACGCGCUCAAGCGCACGGCGAAGGGGGAUGCGAGUGUGCCCGUUGAGCGGCGGGUGUUUCUCUCUGUGGAGGCGGCGGCUUCUCCGACGAAAUCGGCGGCGGCGGCUGCGACAGGGGCGGCAGGGGCAGCGGCGACAGGCGCGUUCUGGUUCGAUGGGAAGUGGAAGGUCGGGCGGGUGCUGGACGACGCGGCGCGGCGGCUCGGGGUCGAGAAUGUCAAUAACCGGGUCGCUGGGGAGGAGGAUCGCUUGCGCGUGUUCCAUGUGGAUGGCGGGGUGUUUUUGGAGUUUGGGGAUACGUUGGGCGACAAGGUGGUCGCCGGGGAUACGUUGGUGUUGUUGCGCGGGGCAGGGGUUAUUCUUUGA